AUGGGCAAGAAGCGAGUUCUCGUUAGCUAUGGAGUUGAUAUUGACGCCGUCGCCGGCUGGCUGGGCUCUUAUGGUGGCGAAGACUCGACGAGUGACAUCAGCAGAGGGCUUUUCGCGGGCACGCAUGGGACACGUCGUCUCCUAAAACUGUUCGAUAAAUACAACAUCAAAGCAACUUGGUUCAUUCCAGGACACUCUCUCGAGACAUUUCCUGAAGAGUGUGCUAUGGUACGAGACGCAGGCCAUGAGAUCGGCUUGCACGGAUACUCGCACGAGAACCCGUCAGACAUGAGUUUUGAACAGCAGAGAGAUGUCCUCGACCAUACUUUCAAGCUGCUGACUGAUUUCUGUGGAAAGCCGCCUCGAGGAAGUGUUGCGCCGUGGUGGGAGGUGAGUGAAGCUGGUACGGAACUUCUCUUGAGCUACGGUAUCGAAUAUGAUCAUUCCAUGGGCCAUGAAGACUGUCAAAUGUACUGGCUGCGCACUGGGGAUACGUGGACCAAGAUUGAUUACAAGAAAACAGCCGCUGAGUGGAUGAAACCUCUGGUCAGGGGAAAAGAGACCGGCUUAGUGGAGAUCCCUGGAUCUUGGUACAUCGACGACUUACCACCUAUGAUGUUCAUGAAAAACUCCGCGAACAGCCACGGGUGGGUCAAUCCACGGGACAUCGAAGACAUCUGGAAGGAUCAUUUCGACUAUUAUUACCGCGAGUUUGACGACUUCAUUUUCCCCAUGACCAUUCAUCCCGAUGUCAGUGGCAGGCCCCACGUCUUGCUCAUGCAUGAAAGGAUCAUUGAGCAUAUCAAUAAACAUGAGGGAGUCGAGUGGGUUACUAUGGAACAAAUGUGCGAUGACUUCAAGAGCAAAAAUACUCCUCCAGCAGACGGUUUGAUGCCGGCGUCAAGAGAAGAAGUCCUCAAGAAGUAUUCGCCCAAGUAG